AGUAGACCAUACCCCCAAUACACUUAAAAUGGCGGAGAAUAUUGAGAAUACCUCUACCUCUUCUACUUCAUCGAAAGGUACUAGAGGACCAUACAGGACAUAUAUUUAUGAUUCCACAAGACCUAUACCAAGAACUAGUAGUUGGAGGAAUAGAAAAAGAAUGGCUAUGGAUGCAGAAUGCAGUAAUGGUGAUGGUGCUCUUAAUGUGUCUCCUAUAGAAAUAGAUGGCAGUUGUCACGCAGAGAGUAUACAUCCAUCGGUUGUGGGAAAUGAAGAUAUGGAUGAGAAUCAGUACGAAACAACCCAGUUUGACCUUUUCAAUACUAGUUCUGACGAGAUGGAAGAGAGUAAUAUAAGUGAUGACAGUAAUAUAAGUGAUGACAGUAAUAUAAGUGAUAACGACGAUCCCAGUUUAGAAGAUUUAUUUAAUGACUAUUGCAGCAGUAGUGAGUAUGAUGAUGAUCUUGAAUUGAGUGAUGAUAUGUUUCUUCCAUUGUACCCCGGUGCUGAUAUAACUGUUUGUGGGGCAUACUUUGCCAUUAUGCAGUUGAAGAGUUCAUGUCGAUUGCCUUUUACUACAAUUAGGGAGAUUUUGUCAUUGCUACAAUUAUUUUGCCCAAAAAACAACAAACUUCCAUCAACUGUUUAUCAUCUUCGAAAAUUUUUUUCAAAAUUUGAGUCACAGAAGCGCAAGACAACAUUUUGUUCCAGUUGUGGUGAUCCAAUUAUUGACAAAUGUCAAAAAUUGGAAUGUAGGGAUAGCAGAGAUGUUGAUGUUCUAAUUCGACUUGACACUACUUUGCAGCUAAAAACUAUACUUUCUCGGCAUUGGAAUGACUUAAAUUGUUUUACUGAAUCUCCUACUUUAUCCACAUUUACGAUGUUAACUCAGGAUCAGGAUUUUUUUAGCAGUCGGGAACAUAUUGGACUCAUAAUGAACACCGAUGGAAUGAGUCUUUAUAAGUCUUCUAAGGUUACCUUAUGGCCCGUUUAUCUUGAGAUAGCCAAUCUGUGUCCAAAGAUACGAUUUCGUCAGGAUAACAUUGUAAUUUGUGCAGUCUGGGUUGGUAGAUCUCAGCCUAACAUGCAAAUACUAUUGACACCUAUUUUGGAAGAGUUGAAGCAUAUGAACAUAGUUGGUUUUUCAUUUAAUGCUGGGCCUGAUGGCAUAAAGACAGUUAGAGUAAAACUUCUGUUUGGCAUUGUUGAUCUUAUUGCAAAAGCAAAAAUUUUAAACAUGAAACAGUUCAAUGGUCAUUCUGGUUGUCCCACCUGUAUUCAUCCCGGCAAGCACGAAAGAUCGAGCAGGUUAUAUUUACCAGGAACAUCCUAUUUGCUGCGUACACCUAAUAGAAUAGAGCGUGCCAUAAGGAAAGGAAACAAGUAUGGCAUCAUUGUUGAGGGUUUGAAAGGUAUUUCUUCGUUGCAUGGUCAUUUAGAUUUUUUGUCAGGAAUGCCAAUUGAUUACAUGCAUUGUGUGCUUGAAGGAGUUGUCAAGUCUCUUUUGAAGGCUUGGACUGAUUCUAAGUAUUCCACUAAGGCAUUCUCUAUUAGGCGACAUUUAUCCGUAAUAGAUAGUAAUUUAUUGAGGCUGACUCCUCCUCAUGAAUUUACACGUUCUCCACGAUCUAUCAGCACUGACUUGUCCUACUGGAAAGCAAAUGAGUUGAGGGUGUGGCUUUUAUUCUACUCUGCACCACUUUUAGUAAAAGUAUUGCCUCCUUUAUACUUCCAUCACUAUUUACUUUUGGUAUGUGCAAUGCACAUAUUCCUCUCAGAAGAGAUUGGUGAUGCUGAUUGUGAUUUAGCAGAAGAAAUGUUGAUGAAUUUUUAUAACUUCCUUCCUGAACUCUAUGGAAACAAAAGUUGCACCAUAAAUGCACAUUUGUUGAGUCAUAUCCCGUACUUUGUGCGCCUGUGGGGUCCUUGUUGGACACACUCUACAUUUUCAUUUGAGAGUCACAACGGUGCCUUAAAACGAAUGGUCCAUUCGACAAGAAGAGUUGCCGAACAACUUUCAUUUUCUAUAGAUGUUAAAAUGACUUUGCAAAAAUUAUACUAUGAAUUGGAAAAUCGGGAAAGUGACUCGUUGCUUAAGUAUCUUCAGUUCUCCAGGCAUUCUUUACGUUCUAUGAAAAAGGUGUCACAAGGCUAUGCUAUUGGUACUGUCAAUUCUGACCAUUUGAGUCCCAGUGAACUUCAAGAAGCACAAAAAUUGUCUUCAGCUAUCACUGGAGAAGUUAAUACAUUUUAUCGCCUUUACAUUAAUGACAAAAUGUUUCAUUCAAUUUCGUAUCGUGAUGGUGAAGGUAGACGUAGUAGUUGCCAUUGUUCUUACAUUAACAGCAAUGGAGUUGAAGGAUAUGGAGAAAUACAGAAGUUUAUAGAUUGUUCAUUUGGCACCAUAGCAUUUAUUAAACCCUUUCGUAGUACAGGUUCGAACAUACUAAAAACAUCAGGGACACCAUGUAGACCAGUUCUUGACCAGUAUAUGGAAUCUUCCCUUAUUUCGCGUUUCAUUCUUGAAGCACACCCACUCAGCAAUACAGACCCUGUUUUAGCUGUUGCAGCAAAAAAAAUAGUUUCUAACUGCUGUGUAGUUCAACUUUCAUGUGUUCCAAUUCUGUAUGUCAUUAAACUGCCUAAUCAUUUUGAACACCAUUAAAACAAUUGGAGUUAUAGAGUUUCCUUUGUUAUAUCUUCUGCAUGUGUGUGUGUGUAUUGCUUAUGUCUGUUAAAAAUAAUAUUUCAGCUUUCAAAUAUAUAACAUAA